AUGGAAACCGUGCCACAUAAACAGCCCGAGAAACCGCAGAAACUGCUCGGGGAGCCCAAGAUAAUUGAGGUGGAUGAUUCAGAUAAUGAGGGGCAUUACUCAGACGAAGAUAAACGACAGCUACGACCCAGAGACAAGGAUAUUGACUACAAGAAACUCAAUAAUCCUGAUGCAAGAAAGCCUGCAGCCAGAAAAUCAUUAGAUCUUCGUUAUACUCCAACUCCCUCACCACCUCCUGAUGUCAGCAGACCCACAGAGUCAUCUAAAGCAAAAUCAAAGGCAAAAGAACGAGCCAACAUAGCCAUAGAAAAGUUAUGGGAGGCAUUAUUGGAGGAAGCAGAAUUCUCAAAUUCAGCUCAAGAACCAGACUUACCAAGAACUCCGGAGGAAGCACUUGCAGGAAGCGAAGCUCCUCAAUGGAAGGCAGCCAUGGACAAAGAAAUGGCCACCCUGAGAGCAAUGAAAACCUGGAAGAAGGUAAAAUUGCCAGAGGGAAGAAAAGCAAUAGGAUGCAAAUGGGUCUUUACCAAAAAGCAAGACGAGCAUGGAAAUGUCGUCAAAUACAAGGCACGACUCGUAGCACAAGGUUUCUCUCAGAAACCAGGCACAGACUACAAUGAGGAUGGCACAUUCGCACCAGUAAUGCGAUUUGAAACGCUUCGCACUAUCCUCGCUUUCGCAGCUGUCCACAAUUUAAAGCUAUGGCAACUCAACGUGAAGGGCGCCUAUUUGCACGGGUGCUUAGCCGAAACUAUCUAUAUGAUGCAGCCGCCGUGCUAUGACAAUGGUACAGGCUUCGUAUGCCUUUUAAUUCGCUCACUCUACAGACUCAAACAGGCAGGAAAUGUCUGGAACCACGAGCUGAAUAAAGCGCUCGCAGACAUGGGGUUUAUUCAACUCAAGACUGACUAUUGUUGCUAUAUUCGUCGAAAUGGCGACGAAUUCACGAUCCUGCUCGUAUGGGUCAACGAUUUUAUUUUGAUUUCGACCUCUGACAGCUUAAACAACCGUGUAGAAGAAGAACUACACACCAAAUUUGAGGUCAAAUCAUUGGGACGACCCUCAAUGCUCCUGGGCAUCAAAGUACACCAGGAGAACCAUCUUAUUUUGCUUUGCCAGAUGCAUUUUAUCGAGAAACUCCUUAUAAAAUUUGGACUCGAGAAUGCGAACGCAGCAACGACACUGUUGGACCCAAAUGUCAAGCUGAAUGAUCCAGAACUCGAGGAGGAUGAGUCCAACGAACAGGAGCCUGAUCCGAGAGGCAUGCAUAGUUAUGCAACUCUCAUUGGAUCUUUAAUGUAUCUCGUGAUCGGAACGCACCCAGAUAUAGCUUAUGCUGUAAAUAAGCUCGCGCAGUUCACGCAUGACCCGAAACCAAUGCAUUGGACCGCCGUGAAACGGGUAUUCCGUUAUCUCAAAGGAACGAAACAUCACGCACUUACCUAUGGCGGAUCCGACGAAAUUUUAAAUGAAGAACUCAACUUUUAUUGCGAUGCUGAUUGGGCAUCUGACGCGGACCGAAAAUCGAUCAGUGGAUAUGUGGUCACAAUGGCUGGCAGUGCGAUUGCAUGGAGCUCGAAGAAGCAACAUACCGUAGCACUUUCAACUGCAGAAGCCGAAUAUGUCUCUGCUGCGCACAUGGCGACGCAAGUUCUUUGGCAUCAAUCACUAUUUAAAGAACUUGAAUUCCCACUUGAGAAGACUUUGACCAUCUUCUCGGACAAUCAAGCCACGAUUGCGAUUGCGCACCAUCCCGAAUUUCACGCGAGGACGAAGCACAUUGACAUUGCAAUUCAUUUCCUAUGCGACCUCGUACAACAUGGGACUCUUAAUCUCGUGUACAUCAAUACCAAGGACAAUCUAGCCGAUCUAUUUACAAAGGGACUACCUAGGGUACAGCAUCAAGACCUUACUCAUAGGAUCGGCAUUCUGUCCGAGUAA